AUGGAUAAUGAAGACAGGAUUGAAUUAGUAGAAGAAAUAAUCCCCGAAAUAGUCCACAAUCGUUGUUUUUGCGAUCCGGGAUCUCGCGAAUUCAUUGAAUUGGAUUCGGUAUCAAUUGACAAAGUUUCAGAGGGAUCUUCGGAAGUAAACGAUAAAAAAUGUGAAUUACUGCGUGGUAAAAUAGUGAUAAAAUUCUCUUCAGAGCCAAAAACAUUUUUCGUUAUAAUAAAAUUGCUCAGCCAGCAAGCAACCGAGGAUGAUGAAGACUAUAAAUAUUUUGCAAAUGAAGAAAUGUUUUAUAACAAGAUGACAUUGGAAUACAAACUGGAUAUUUAUCCCAAGUUGUAUGUUGCUGACAUGGGUCGAUAUGGUCGUCCAAUCAUAGUUAUAGAAGAUCUUCAGGCUGUUUCCGGAUAUAGACGCGUUCAUUCUAAAUUGGAUGAGGAUCACUUGAGGAUGUGUUUGAAGGCGAUUGCGAGGUUUCAUGGCCGUGGCCUCAGGCUCAAAUGCGAUAAAUUCAAUACGUUCAGAGAGUUCUAUGCCAAGUUGCUUCAUACAAACAACAUUUCGGAUUACAGUUUACACGUCAACCUCACCAACAAAGUGGCGCAAUAUUUAGACGAGCACCCGAACGUGGAUAGAAGAAUAUUAAAAUUAUUUAAAGAGUUUAAACAGGAGGCUGCAAAUAAAGACACUGAAUUUUUAACUAUUUGUAAUGGAAGUGUCGACUUGAAUAAUUUAUUAUUCCGGUAUGAGAAUAGCAAGCCAAUGGAUGUUAAAAUCAUAAACUGGGGGUCCAUGAGGUACUCUUCGCCGGUGAUCGAUUGGCAAAUUAUCACCUCCAGUCAAAUUGGAGAAAAUCUUUCGAACAUUGAUAUCCAAAGACUGCUUGAUGAUUACUUAACUGUGCUUAUUGAAGAAUAUCCUGGGAUAGUUGAUAAUGUCAAAUAG